AUGAAGAACGGCGCCUUUCCGCACGACAACGCCGCCGUCCCCAAUGUCGAGCGAGUGUUGCCCCUGUUCUCGCUCAAGGGCCGAACGGCGAUAGUCUCGGGUGCGGGUGCGGGCAUCGGGCUGGCCGUGGCCCAGGCAUUCGCAGAGGCCGGAGCCAAUGUGGCCAUCUGGUACAACAGCAACAAGCAGGCCGUGACCUCGGCCGAGGACAUUGCCAAGACAUACGGCGUCAAGUGCAAGGCGUACCAGGUCAACGUGACUUCGGCCGAAGCCGUCGACAAGGCCAUCACCGAGAUCAUCAAGGAGUUCAACGGCCGCCUCGACGUCUUCGUCGCCAACUCGGGCAUCACAUGGACCGAGGGCGCCUUCAUCGACGGCUCCGUCGAGUCGGCGCGCAACGUCAUGUCCGUCAACGUCGACGGCGUCAUGUGGUGCGCCAAGAGCGCCGGCGCCCACUUCCGCCGCCAGAAGGAGGAGGGCACGACGAUUGACGGGAAGCCCCUGGACAACUUCAUCGCCGGCAGCUUCAUCGCGACGGCGUCGAUGAGCGGCAGCAUCGUCAAUGUGCCGCAGCUGCAGGCCGUGUACAACAGCUCCAAGGCCGCCGUGAUUCAUUUCUGCAAGAGUCUGGCGGUCGAGUGGACGGGCUUUGCCCGCGUCAACACCGUGUCUCCCGGAUACAUCAUUACCGAAAUCUCCAACUUUGUGCCCCCGGAGACCAAGACGCUGUGGAAGGACAAGAUUGUCAUGGGUCGCGAGGGUCGUGUCGGCGAGCUCAAGGGCGCAUAUCUUUACCUGGCCAGCGAUGCGAGCUCCUACACCACGGGUCUGGAUAUGAUUGUGGAUGGCGGCUACAGCCUGCCAUGA